AUGACAGCCAUCUCCCUGCUGAGCUAUGGAGGACAGAUGACUCCUGGGCAGUGGCUGGCUCUGCUGAAGAUGAGCCCUGUGCUUCUCCUGUUCUUGGUGUCCACUGUGAAUGUCAGUGCUGAGCUGGAAAAGGGUCUUCCAAGACGGGAACCACGGCGCCUGUCAUGUGUGAGAUGCUGUGGGCCUUCAGAGCAGCCCAUCUCCAUCAUCUCCUCACGAUACACAAGGAUGAGCAGUGACCCUGCCUAUUCAGUACCCAAAGUCCAGCCUACUAUAGACAUCACCAUCCUUAAAGGUGAGAAAGGAGAAAUGGGAGAAAAAGGGUACCCUGGAGCAGUUGGGAAGCAAGGAGAAAGAGGGCUGCGUGGCUUUAAUGGGAGGAAGGGACAGAAAGGCCAGCCUGGCCCACAGGGCCAUUCCUGCAAGCAGCUCUAUGCUGCAUUCUCAGUGGGUCGGAGGAAACCCCUUCACAGCUCAGACUACUUCCAGCACGUUGUUUUUGACACCGAGUUUGUGAACCUCUAUAAGCACUUCAACAUGUUCUCGGGGAAGUUCUUCUGCUAUGUAGCAGGAAUCUACUACUUCAGCCUCAAUGUCCACACCUGGAACUUCAAGGAGACCUACCUGCACUUGAUGAAGAAUGAGAAAGAGGUGGCCAUCCUCUAUGCCCAGCCCAGUGACCGGAGCAUCAUGCAGAGCCAGAGCCUGAUGCUGGACCUGCAGGAAGGGGAUGAGGUCUGGGUGAGGAUGUUCAAGAGGGAGAGAGAAAAUGCCAUCUAUAGUGAGGAGUCUGAUGUUUACAUUAUCUUCAAUGGCCAUUUAAUCAAGCCAGCUGUAGAGUAGCCAUUCAC